AUGGUUGACGACUCCGAGUCUGAGAAGCAGCUGGUGCUGGCAGCAGAGAAACUGAAGCUCAGGGGAAACGAACACUUUGCUCGGGGUGAACACGAUGCAGCCAUCCACCAUUUCACAGAGGCUAUUAAGAAACACCCCCAAAAUGCCAUUUUGUAUGCCAAUCGCACAGCAGCUUGCAUAGCCAAGAAGAACUACAUCGAGGCCACGAAUGAUGCUGAACAUGCAGUGAAAAUUGACCCGAUGUAUGCUAAAGGCUGGGUGAGGUUGGCGAUGGCAAGUCACCAUCUAAGCAAGUGGGACCGCUCAAUCGAAGCAUGGAACCGUGCUUUGGAGUGCCUGCCCAAAACCAAUGCUGCGAUGACACCCACGGAAAGAGCUAUGAAGGUUCAAUUCGAGGAAGGACUGAAGAAGGCCAAAGAGGCCAGGACUGCCCCGAUUGCACGCAGCGGAAGGAUUUUUGCGCCUGAAGAGGCGCCGUGGAUGAGAGCAAUUGCUCUAUUCCCGCAGAUUAGAGCUCGAGGUGGUCUUUCCAGUGCCAAGGGCCUGAUGAACUCCUAUCGGAACUGGAAAAAUGGCAUGGAUAAGUUGAAUGCCAUGAUAUACGCGGAGGUUGGAGGUAACAUCGCUGCGAAAGGAUUGGUUCAAGGGAUGGAAGGCUUGACAAAUGCAAUAGUUGGCGAUGAGAGAGUCUUCCAUAUCACAGAUACAUCCUUCUUCCGCAGAGCCAAGCACCAAAUAACUUUGGAGAGUGUUGAAAGAAAAGGCUGGUAUGAUGUAGCGCACAACGAGACUGUGAAGGAAGAGAUAUUGAAGAGAUUGGACAAGGAAGGCUGGGACACUGUCAGACCCGCAAUUGCUGCCACAGUGAGGGCCUGGAUUUUCACCGCAUACAUCCGGUCAGACCCGGCGACAAACCAGAGACUUUUGGCUGAUGAUUUCUACGGUCGAGCUCUGGAUCUGUGCGACUGGGGACGCCAACAGUGGCCUGACGUUCCGAGAGGUGAUCGAGGAGCCAUCUUUGAGCUGUCUUUCAUCCGUGGCAUCAAGCGCCUCAAGCUGGAGAAUAUGUUUACGGAAUUCAGUGCCAACUGGGGCAAGCGUUCGUCCUUCUCCCAGCAGAACGUGACUAGAUGUGCGGAGAGCCUCAUCGAAGACGUGGUCAAAGAUCCCGCUUCACAGGAAAUCAUAACGGAUAUAUCAGGUCAUUACGAACUACAUUGGUUGAGGCCCAAAGGAAGCGCGCUUAGUAUCCUUGGAUGGAUCAACGCGGAAUUCGGACGUGCUAUGGGCCCAGCACAGAGAGAUAGAAGAAUUCGCACUCUGAGGAGAGCUGGGCAGUACUACUUGGAGACAGCGGAGAUACACCCGGUCGACGACGAACAGUAUUUAUACUGCCUACGGGUCGCCUUGGAAUGCCUUCCCGAGGCUGGAGCACCGCUGAAGGAGAUUCUGCCUCUUUGCAAGCGCUUUAGGGAGGUUGUUCCUGGGGUGUUACAGAUCUGGGAGAUGGGGUCAUUCGGCUUCAGGAUCAAAAUAUGGGACAGAGAGAUGGAGGGAUUCAUUGAAGCUCGCGAGAAGGCCAUCAAAGCGGGGGAGGAGACGUUGGAAUCGGUCGUUGCUUUGCCUCCGGCGUUUCCAUAG